AUGUCGAAGGAACAAAAAAUCCUACCACAAAUUUUAGUGCUCUGUUCUUCCCAUCCCUGUGUACUUGAACUAGGGAAUCCAGAGGAAACACGCCGCUUGAUUCGCUUUCGAGCUGAGAAUGAGCAGCGAUUUCUGAAAUCCAAAGCUGCUGCUAAAAAGCUUUGGGAGACGCUGAUCAAGGAGCUUGGCCUGGAGGGAAAGGUGACCUCCCAGCAAGCAUCAAAAAAGUGGGAGAACUUGAAAAAGAAGUAUAAGGAGCUGAAAAAUCCACUCUCUGGGAGUGGGACAGAUGAGGGCCAAACAACUGCGUGCACAUGGCAGUUUUUUGAGGACAUGCACGAGGUGUUGGGAUCCAGGCCAUCCAUUGACCCUCCAGUGGUAGUGGAAUCAUUUUGUCCUGAUGCUGAUCCCACACUUCUUCUGAUGGAAAUCGCCGGGCCCUCCUUAGACACCUUUUUUCCCAUGGCAGCCAGCACCUCUGAUGCUGACACAUCUACUACCUCUAGCCCUGCUCCUAUUCCCCCAACCCCGUCCCCAAAGAAGAAGAGGAAGAGGAAGUUAGACUUGAUAAAUUUCCUUGCACAGGAGAGUGAGAAGGCGCAGAAGCGCCAUGAGGAGACCAAGGAGAAGACGGAGUGCUUUUUGGGUCUUUUUGAAAAAUUGGUAGAAAAACUUUGA